UCAUUGGGGGUUUGCAUGUGUGAGUCAAGCGCUCAUGCACGAAUGUUUAUAACAUUAGUUGGGGCCUGCGAUAUACUAUUUUGGGAUCGGCCAAAUGUUGGCUUUGUGCUCAUGUUUUAACCAUUAUGCUUUCGUGUAGCGCCCAAGAGUGGAUGGAAUUAUUUGUUAUUCCGAUUCCAAAGGAUAUUUUAGUGCUUUGUGUGUUGUUGUUAUUGUUCAUGGAUGUGUCAAUAUUUUUGAGUGUACUGUGGAUGCAUAUCUGCGGUUCCAUAACGACACCGACACUCUUGCAAGUUUCAGUAUUCUAAAAAAUAGUCUAGUCGUACAGUUUCUACUUGAAUAUAAAAAAAUAUUAUACUUAUUAUAUCAGUACUUAAAACUAUUUUAGUAAAGGAUCUGUGAUAAAAACCUUUUUGGUGGACUUUAUAGAAGUGUGCAAUUUUUUUUUUUUACAAAAAAAGGACUAAUUAGGGUUUGGCCAAAGAAUACUUAUAAUGUAUUUUAGUAGGUAAUUAAUAUUAGUGAUGCAAGAUGGCGCUGCCCCCGCAACAGUUCUGCGUGCGCUGGAACUCCUACCACACCAACCUGCAGGCCGUGUUCCCGCGGCUGCUGCUGACGGAGCAGUUCGCGGACGUGACGCUGGCGUGCGAGUCGCGCCAGCUGCGCUGCCACAAGCUGGUGCUGUCCGCCUGCUCCGCCUACCUCGAGCGCCUGCUGCUGCAGAACCCUUGCAAGCACCCCAUCGUGCUCAUGCGCGACAUGCGGUUCAGCGAGAUGCAGGCGCUGGUGGACUUCAUGUACAAGGGCGAAGUGAACGUCACUCAGGAAGAAUUGCCCAGCCUGCUGAAGUCUGCUGAAGCGCUACAGAUCAGAGGCCUGUGCUCGGGCGAGGCGGGCGCCGGCGCGGCGGCGGGCGCGGAGGGCGCGGGGGGCGCGGGGGGCGCGGGGGGCGACGCGCGGGACUUCACGCUGGCCAGCGACGCGUUGCUGCACGCGCAUCGCACCAACGCCUACCAACACCAGCAGCAACACCAACAACAAACGCCGAAACCACUCAACAACAACAAUACAACCAACGGGCCCAAGAAGCGCAAAUCUGAGGAGAGAGAGAGAGAAAAGACAGAAGUGAAAGAGGAGACCGUGGAGGAGGACGGCCUGUACUACGGCGAGCUGGACAACGACCACUUGGAGUACAACGAGGAGGAAGAAACUGGAAAACCCGGCAGCAGUUUAGGACAAUCUUCCGAGUUUGCAAUCGCGAAUGUGCAGUGCCAGUACGAGUGCAGCGACACUGAGCCGGAAGAGUGGCCGAGUCGCACCACCUCCCGCGCAGCCGUGGGGGGCGAGCCCGCCGGGGACCACACCUACGACACGCGCGACGAGCCCCCCGCCUUCAUCAUACACCAGCUGCCUGCGUCGUCCGCGUCGCAGGGCCCCUUCGUGGAGGUGCGGCCGGGCCUGAUGACGCUGGCGCCGGGCUGCGUGCCCGCCGUCAACGUCAUCCAGCUGCCGGAGCGGCCGGCGGGGCUGGCGGGGCUGGCGGGGCUGGCGGGGCUGGCGGGGAUGGCGGGGAUGGCGGGGAUGGCGGGCGCGGCCGAGCUGGGCAUCAACAAGCGCGUCCGCCGCAGCGAGGGUCUGCUGCGCCAGGCGGCCGACUGCGUGUCGCGCGGCUCCACCUUCCAGACCGUGUCCGAGCGGUUCAACAUUCCCAUCUCCACUAUCCGGUUCUUCAUGGCGCGCAAGGGCAUCCUGCCGCGGCGGCGGCGCGGGCGCAGCACGCAUAUGGCGCGCGCGUGCAGUAGCCCCGAGGAGCCGCCCCCGCCCCCGCCCCCGGCCCGCGCCGCGCCGACCCUGCGACGGCCAACUGUUGAAAACUCAGUUUCACUGCCUCUGGGAUAGUUCGGAAUCUCCGUGUAUCGAGUGAAUCGCCAGAGUGGUUUGAAGCGGCCCUUUGUGCAUAUCUACGCUUACCGCCGCGCGCCUGUAUGUGCUGCUAGCAGAGGAUGUCGCAUCCCACUGGAAAGAUCGAAAGGUGAUGUCCGAGUCACGUUGUGUUUCAGUAAAGUGUUUAUUUGUCAAGUUGUCACUGACUCGUCCACUAGAGAUUUUUGUCGAUUCCAACGUCGAUCAUGCGUGUUGCGUUUUGAAAUAAACUUAUUUGUUUAUUAUUUAACAAUUUGUUUGUUUAAAAACAACUUUAUCUUUUCAUACGACUGCGAGGGUCUUCAUAUUCUACUCGCGCCUAAAAAUAUCGCUUCGUGUGAUGGACCAUCUUGUUAAAAAGGAUUAUCUUUCUUAGACAUCAUACUUGAUCUGAAUCUUUCUUACCUAUAUUAUCAUAACUUUAGAGCGAUGUCUUUGAGCUGAAUAUGCUUAAAACAGUGUCGUGCAUUAUAUACUUACCUACUUAAUAUUUCGAAUGACACUGAAGUCAGAUACGUUUAACUCGUCGAAAAAUUUUAAUCAUCUAUGAUGUAAAUAUUGAAUCUCAUAUUGUAUAUUAUACUGUAUUGUCGAAGUAUUCAUGAUUAAGAUAUUAUAAAUCAUGAUCACAAUUAAUUAAACUAUAUUUAUGUGUUCAAGAUAAUUUUGCCUUCAGGCCUACGAAUAUAAGCCCGAGUCUGAGCUGAGAACCCAACUUAUGACCCGAGACAUAAGAAAAGUUUGCUGUCGACAUAUAAUACUUGAGCGUGCAUGACAUGUAUCUUAAUAGCAUGUCAUCAUUUUAAUUAAGUAUAGAUUAAUGAAGUGAAUCAAAAGUAGUCAUUUCUUUAACUAUUUUAAACCGGGAUCUUAAAAAGGCAGUUCGUUUAUUACUAAUAUGUCAUAAUUCUAAUUACAUUAGUGCUAAGUAUAUAUUUAUUGAUAUUCGGAGACACACCGACGGCAAUUCCCGCCGAAUUUUUAUUCACCUUCCUGCCGACUGCGAUCGGCCGACGGUUGCCCCGAUCAUCAGUAGUUGUAACGUGCAGUUGUGAGUUGUUUCAGUUGUGCGCCGCCGAGCGACACGCACGUGCUGCACUUCGUGUGUCCGUCUGUCAGCCCCGUCCCUCGGGUGGCUCGAUUGCUAAAAUUUUGAUUAAGUUAUUGCGAUCAGUCGCAAUUGUUGUUAUUAACUGACGUUGUGGCACUUGCGUGUUUUGGCCAAAAGUGAAUUAGAGUAUAAUAGCAAAGCGUCGCAUCGAUUCUGUUAUCUGCAGACCUGAAUAAGGCGUAAUAAAUAAAUAAAAUACAUAAAUACAAGCAAAGUGGUCGUUAUAAAUUUACGAUAGUGAAUUCCUUCUUGUAAUAAUUAAACGAGGAGUGUUCCGAUGCAGUUACAAAAUAUUAUAAACAUUUAGUUGAAAAUGGAAUGAAAUACCUAUCCUAUUCCACGGCGCACAAGAUUCAUCGCCACACGACACACUGACAUCGACUGCACUGUCGUCCGAUCGAAAGUUCGCUGACGUCCUGUGUGAAGACUGCAUUUGAUUUGCUCCGGUGUCUAGUUGACUGAAAGUAUUAUUUUGUUGGUCUAAGGCCGCAUUUCUAGUUGUAAUGUUGUAAAGGAUACUAUUAGUUACAGUUGACAGGCAGCUAUGAUGCUGAGCUCUCGCCGGACACCGCUUGCGGCGCUCAUGAUUCCAUUUGCUGGUGCUAUGUUCGUGUCCGGCGGGUUAUCAGCUUUAUUUAACACAUGUUCGCGAAACGCCAGUAUUAUGUUUUGAACAAAAUAGCUUGUAAGUACUUGCAUAAGUGGUCUUAAGAUGUAUAUUUUUGUAGGUUUAGUAUAUUAGAAAAUAAUAUAUUAUGGAUCUUGCAACUGACAAUCACCUGAACUGGCGGUCGACAACACAGCAAGCUGUUAGGCGAAUAAAUCCGAAAACCUGUGAAAGUGGGCCAGCGGGACAAGUCGAUCUAUUCCAUAUUGUCAGCCGAGCGCCGCCGACAGUCAGAUUACUGGCGCCAGCCUCUACGGCGCACGAAAGGCAUUUAUUUGAACGAAAAAUUUAACAAUCUUCAUACAAGUACUGUCAAUUGUAACAUCACAAACCGCUUCUAGAGACUGCUUCCAUAUUGCCAGGGAAACCGAAUGUUUGGCGUAAAGCGUUGCCCAUCCAGCUCCGUUUCAUACGCCGUAUUAUUAAGGAUAUGGUUUUCUUAA